AUGGUUAAUUCUUCCUUGUUUGUAUUUGGUUUUCUCAUAUGCAUAUUUGUCUGUUCAACUUGUGAGGCUCAGGAUACAUGGUGUGUAGCUCAAGGACCUGCCCCAGAUGAUAAACUUCAAUCAUUUUUGGACUCGACGUGUGCACAAUAUAAUUGUGCUGAUAUACAACCAGGAGGAUCAUGUUUUGAACCCAACACUUUACACAACCAUGCUUCUUAUGCUCUAGAUCUUGCUUUUAGAAACACAGGAGAUUGUAAUGCUGACAUUGGAACUCCAUCUGUUACUGAUCCAUCUUUUGGAAAUUGUCACUAUCCUUAA